CAGGCUGGGGUGUACCAGAAGUCUUUCUCGGGACAGAGAACUUUGGGUGGUUCAGUUGAACAGUAGGCUAUCUGAGAGAACUUUUUGCUUUCUAGUAUUUUCUGGAGAGUCUCUGUCUCGGUUCUCUGUGUCACUGCGCCUGAGCUUAGGGCUGAAGAGACAGUACCUUUGGCUGUGCAGGCAGUGUAUAACUGUGGGCUAUAAGGGGUUGUAAAGGUUUUGCCUUACUGUGGGCUGGAUGGCUGAGCUGGUGAGAGUGAGGAAGAAACACCUCCAGACACCUAUCUCCAGGCUUAGGUGUAUGGUCAAGCAACUGGAAGAGAAAGACGUGGACUUCGAAGAUUUGAAGAAGAACUUGGACUACACAGCAUCCUUACUGGAGGCUGUUUACAUUGAUGGUACCAGACAGGGUCUGGACGCAGAGGACGACCUCCAGAAGCUGCACUCUGAUGGCGUCCCCACGGAGGUCACUGAUUGGCUGGCUUCAACCUUCACUCAGAGGGCCCACCGCCCCGCCCGCCGCUCUGACGACAAACCAAAGUUCCGCAGCAUCGUCCACGCAGUGCAGGCUGGGAUCUUUGUCGAGAGGAUGUUCAGAAGGGCCUACACUGCUGCCAUGCCUGACCAACCUGCAGCAGUAGUUAACUCUCUCAGGGACAUUGACCGGUGGAACUUUGAUGUGUUUGCCCUGAACACAGCCAGUGAUAACCACGCACUACAGACCCUGGUCUUGGAGCUGGUGACACGAUACGAACUCAACAGCAGAUUCAAGAUCCCAAUCUCCAUUCUGAUGUCCUUCUUGGAGAAGCUGGAGAAAGGCUACAGUAAACAUAACAACCCGUACCACAGCAGUGUCCACGCAGCCGACGUCACACAAACCCUACACUGUCUGCUCUUACGUACAGGACUAGUGCACUGGUUGACUGAACUGGAGGUCCUGGCGUCCCUGUUUGCUGCAGCCAUCCAUGACUACGAGCACACUGGAACUACCAACAACUUCCACAUUCACACAAAGUCAGACUUUGCUAUGAUCUACAACGACCGGUCAGUCCAGGAGAGCCACCACAUCAGUGCUGCGUUCCAUCUUCUACAGGACGACCAAUCCAACAUCUUCAUGAACCUCUCCAGAGAACAGUGGAUGGAGCUGCGAGCGCUGGUGAUAGAGAUGGUGUUGGCUACAGACAUGUCGUCUCACCUUGUCCAGGUCAAAGCCAUGACGGGGUGUCUGCAGCAGCAUGAAGGCAUAGACAAACCAAAAGCGCUGUCCCUACUACUGCACACUGCAGACAUCAGCCACCCCUCCAAGCCCUGGAGUCUACACUCUCGCUGGACCAAAGCCCUGAUGGACGAGUUCUUCAGACAGGGUGACAGAGAGGCAGAGCUUGGUCUUCCCUUCUCUCCACUGUGUGAUCGGAACAGCACCCUGGUCGCAGAGUCACAAAUAGGCAAAUUAUAAGACAUUACUGCACAUGGUCAUCACUGAGUCAUCCAUUUGAGUCAUCACUGAGUCAUCCCUGAGUCAUCAUCAACAAUCAAUAUAUAUGCUCUCAUUUUAUAUACUUUGGACAAUGCAUAUUGUCUAAAGCACAUAUGCAGGUUGUGUAUGAAGAUGUGAUCUUUAACGUGUAAAAAAAGGGUUGUUACAUAAUGUAUAAUAUUAGUAUUAUUAGACAUACAUGUUAGUCAUUUAGCAGACGCUCUUAUCCAGAGCCACUUGUAGUAGUAAGUGCAUACAUUUUCAUACUAAGUAGCAAUUUUUUUCCUAGUGUUAUAGCUAACAAUACUGUUUUUGUGCGCAGGUUUCAUAGACUUCAUAGUAGACCCUACGUUCUCCUUACUGACUGACGUGGCUGAGAAGAUAGUCAUUCCCCUGGUGGAAGACAACCCUGGCCCACCGGACCCCUGCAAUCGACAUAGUAAUCUGUGGAAGGAGAGUUCCAGAGGACUACAGUGGAGCUUGUCUCACAUCACCUCAGAACUGGUCAGCUUCAGAUCCACCUGGACACGACAUACAGAAGACAACAAGUUCAAAUGGAAGGGGAGCGGCUCCAAUGGGCUCUUGGAUCAGAUCAUGUCGAAGGAGCCGGCGGCUGGUGAAGACAAUGAGCUCUCUGAACAACUGCUGCAGUCCCCUUCUGAUGAUGCUAAACAGUAGAUAGGCCUCUCAUGUAGUAUGAUGCCUAUGUAAACGAUAUGUAAACGGAGGGUUGGGGAGUAACUGUUUACAUGUAAUCAUUUACAUGUAAUCUGAUAAUAAUACAAAAAUGUAACUGUAAUCAGCUACUUUACCAGCUAAAUGGAUUACAAUUACUUUUGAAAAACUAGAUGAUUACUUAUUCGAUGACUUUUAAAUUCAGAAAGGAUGUUUGGGAAAUAAUACAGUAUGCCACCUUUCUGUUUCUCAAUGACAUUCAAUUCAGCACUGAAAAAAGGUGCCAGUUUAAGUUUGUUCCACCUGGUUUGAUGGAUCCUUUUCAUCUUCUUCUGAUGUCUCUUAAGGGGAAAGUAAUCAGUUGACAUUACUGAGUGGAGGGGUAAGUAAUCCAAAAGUAACUGAAAGUAAUCAGAUUAUGUUACUGAGUUAAGGGGAAAGUAAUCAGUUGACAUUACUGAGUGGAGGGGUAAGUAAUCCAAAAAUAACUGAAAGUAAUCAGAUUAUGUUACUGAGUUAAGGGGAAAGUAAUCCAAAAAGUAACUGAAACUGAGUUUGGGCAUCCAAAAGUUAAGUUACUGAUUACAAUUUAACUGUAACUGUAACUGUAACCGAUUACAUUUAGAAAGUAAUCUAUCUAACCCUGUGUAAAUUAUAGUAAUUUAAUGAAGAUUACCAAAACAUGCUGGUCAUGUUAUAUGCUACUUACCAUACAUGUUUUUGGUUUGCUUGCAAUCACGCAUUGUUUAACCAGUUAUGAAAACUUUCAUGGAGAAACUUAGCAAAGAACAUGUAUCAUGGGUAACAUGGGUAGCAUGUAUGUUACAUGGAAUAGAUGGGUAAUGUCAGAGGUGCCAGCACUGAAAGGCUGGCCUUAUCAUGUGGAAGAUGUGCGAUGUAAUCAUGUGACUGUUGUUGUUGAUGUAAAAUACAACUAGACAAAGGGUUUUCUACUUCUUUAUAUUCUACCCGUACCACUGAGGAGAUGUUGAUGUGCUUUAUAUUCUACCCGUACCACUGAGGAGAUGUUGAUGUGCUUUAUAUUCUACCCGUACCACUGAGGAGAUGUUGAUGUGCUUUAUAUUCUACCCGUACCACUGAGGAGAUGUUGAUGUGCUUUAUAUUCUACCCGUACCACUGAGGAGAUGUUGAUGUGCUUUAUAUUCUACCCGUACCACUGAGGAGAUGUUGAUGUGCUUUAUAUUCUACCCGUACCACUGAGGAGAUGUUGAUGUGCUUUAUAUUCUACCCGUACCACUGAGGAGAUGUUGAUGUGCUUUAUAUUCUACCCGUACCACUGAGGAGAUGUUGAUGUGCUUUAUAUUCUACCCGUACCACUGAGGAGAUGUUGAUGUGCUUUAUAUUCUACCCGUACCACUGAGGAGAUGUUGAUGUGCUUUAUAUUCUACCCGUACCACUGAAGAGAUGUUGAUGUGCUUUAUAUUCUACCCGUACCACUGAGGAGAUGUUGAUGUUCUUUAUAUUCUACCCGUACCACUGAAGAGAUGUUGAUGUUCUUUAUAUUCUACCCGUACCACUGAGGAGAUGUUGAUGUUCUUUACAUUCUACCCGUACCACUGAGGACAUGUUGAAGAGCGAUUCUUUAUCUAAUUCUUCAUCUGCUUUCUUUGAAUCCAAAGAAUUGGAAUCGUGAACUAUACUGAACAUACAGGAUAUCAGUAGCCAUUGUCCCAGAUCAUUAGCCAACUCUUCUGACUAUCAGCCAGGAACAUAGCCUGGCGACCCAUCUAUAGCCAAACUAGCGUUUCUUCUCCUUGAUGAGUCUUGAUUUGCUUGCCUCCCUUAAGUUUUGUAGAAUGCGGACACAUUCUGAUCAUUCUGAUUGGUUCCAGAAACCGGUGGGUUGGGCCAGAGCCAGCCUACAUGUUGACCGUAUCAACUUGAUACUCUGAUUGGUUAGAUUGGUUAGAGACAAUCCAAUCACUGAUUCAAUUGUUUUGUACAACGCACCUCAUUUUAACACCAGCACAAAUUACUUCUAGGAUGGCAGUUUCAGAUUUCAGGAUGGCACGGUCAUAGAGCAGAAUAAUUAAAUUCAAGAUGACACGUCAGGCAACCCAGAACUGCCAUACUGUACAAGUCUUAUAUCUUUAAUGUUGUGAUUCUGAGGCCGUCCUAAUAUGGACAAAGCACAUCAAAGGCAUGACAGACAGUAAUAGUCAGAAGAGUUGAAUGAAGCUCUGCAGAUCUGGGACCAGGCUGAAAUAUCUGUCCAAUCCUUCAGCAGAGUCCUGUUCUCUGAUCCUCCAGUAGGAGGAGACAAAACUGUGGGAAGGAAGAUUGAACCGGGCAACAGUGGUAUUAUGAAAUGCAUUGGGUGAAAACUGGUCACGUUGUGAAAUAUUUGUGUUUUAUGCUCGCAGCACCACGUCUAUUGAAUAAUUGAUAAUAGGGUUUUGUUAUUGGCAUGAAUUAAAAUGGAUUAUAAAUUGGGCGGUUCGAGCCCUGAAUGCUGAUUGGCUGACAAUCGUGGUAUAUCAGACCGUAUACCACAGGUAUGACAAAACAUUUAUUUGUACUUCUCUAAUCACAUUGGUAACCAGUUUACAAUAGCAAUAAGGCACCUUUGAGGUUUGUGAUAUAUGGCCAACAUACCACAGCUAAGGGCUGUAUCCAGGCACUCCACUUUGCGUCUUGCCUAAGAACAACCCUUAGCCGUGGUAUAUUGGCCAUAUACCACACCCCCAUGGGCCUUAUUGCUUAAUUAUAGCAUGGAUUAUGAUUGGAAUAAUAUGUUUUGUUUAAAGAAGUAAACACAAACGCUUGUCCAAUUUCAACACUUUAUUGUAUCAAACCAUUUUUUUUUAUUACAUAUGUAAUCAUUACCAAGUCAAACAAAGUUGAACUAAAAUGCAGAUAUAGAUGGAUUUCAUGUACCGUAAUUUAUCAUUAAUAAAAUUAAAUAAAUUCA